UAAAGUGGUUAUACUAUAACUAAAAUAUCCUGUAUAAUUAUUGCGUAGUCAACCUGUUGUUUAUACAUUAUAUAUGCAAGCCUGAAUGAAUGCAAAAGGAUAUAAAAUAUUAAUGAAACUACAACUCUUAACUUGCGUUGGUUGUAAUGGGUGGCAAAAACAAAUAUUUAAUAAAUGGGAUUAAUGUCCAGAACAAGAGGGUAACAGAUCUAUUCAGCUCAGUACAGCUAAAUGUCAACAAUCCACACUUUCUCAUAAUGCAAGGAAGAAUUAUUAAAGUAUAGAACAUGAAACCACCUGAGAUUUUAUCAAUGGUGGAAGAGGCAACAGGAACAAGAAUGUAUGAGACUAAAAAACAAGGAGCUCAGAAAAUGAUUGAAAAGAAAGAUGCAAAACUGAGAGAGUUAAAUGAUAUAAUUCGUGAGGAUAUAGCACCAAAGUUGCAAAAGCUACAAGUUGAAAGAUCCCAGUUUCAAGAGUAACAAAAGGUUGUGCGAGAAUUCGAAAAUUUGACACGUCUUCAUGUUGCCUGGCAGUAUGUAACAGCUGAAGAGAAUGUGGUGGAAGCCAACAAUAAAGUAACUGAAGUAAAGAAUGACAUAAAGCAAAAGCAAGAUAACAUUGAGGGUAAUAUUGCACGAGCAACAGAGGUUGACCAAGAAGUGGCUAAGCUUAAUCAGAAACUUGAUGAGGAAAGUGGCAGUGUACUAAAAGACCUCGAGACUGAAUUGCAAGCGGCAGAGAAGUCAGAUGCAAGUAUGGCGGCCGCGCACCGCGCUGCGAAGGAAGCUGUCACAGCCAGCGAAGCUAAGGCGAAGUUGUUGCGACGCGCAUUAGCCGAUGAUAAAACUGCACUCGCUGAUAAAAGGGCAGUCCUUACUCAGGCAUCUUCGACGUUCGAUAAUCUCCGCAGUGCGAGCGAGGCUCAAACUCAGGCUCUGGCCGAAGCACAAGCUCAAUUCCUGGCGGUCAGUACAGGACAGGAAGAUGCGGGGGAAUCUUUACAGAACCAGCUCAUGGCCGCAAAACAGCAAGCACCGUAGGCGUCUACCAGAAUCUCUCAGAGCAUGAUGGAGAAGAGUCAUGCUGAAGAGCGGCUGACGGGUCUGGAACGUGAGUUCAGCUCAAGUAGCUCUCAACACCGACGGGACUUGGAAACUAUUGCCGAACAACAAGCUGUUGUCGACCGGCUGCAGAGUCAGCUAUCUGAAAUGAGUUUUAAUGAGGCUCAAUGCACCGAGACUAAGGAACGUCUACGCACUCUACAAAGGUCGCGCCGAUGACUUGGCCUCGAGGCUACAACGCUGUAACUUCCGCUAUACACCGCCACAACUGAACUUCGACUCUAAUAGAGUUGCUGGCACGGACUGCAGACUGAUCGACGUCGUCCAUGACAAAUACUGUACUGCACUUGAGACUGCGGCUGGUGG